GCAAAUAAGGUUCUGGGGUCAGGAGCACACCCUAAAGAAUGGGACCACGUGGAAGGAGGUGCCAGACUUACAAGACAAAAGGUGCUGCUGCCCUUUGUGAGCAAAGAAAACAGCACUUUUCAACAUCCUGAGGACUCCAAAGGCUCAGGUCCCAGUGGGCACCACUCCCUUGCUGGCAUUUCCCACACCUGUGAUGUGACACGGAUCUCUUCUGCUUUAGGUUCCAAACCCUCUUCAUCCAAGCCUCUGCUGCGGCGCUCCAACAGCUUCUCUCUACCAAGGUCAAAGGAAAGAAAUGAUUCCCAAGACAGCAGCAGCAGCAGGCUGAGUGAGGAGAUGAGCCUGGACUCUCUGCAGUGGUUUUACCUGAAAGAUGUCUACCACRCCACUAUUGCUGACCUGUGCAGGGCAGGAGGGGUGCACAUCUCAGAGCGCCACACUGGGGACUGCACAGUGCUGACACUGCAGGCAGCAGACACCAGAAGGCUGUUCCAGGCCAAAUGGAAGGUGGAAGAGCUGGUGCAGAAGUGCCCUGACUUGGUGUGUCAGAGCCUGAGCUAUUCAGAGCUGGCUGUGGAUGGUCCAGAUGACAGUGCCCUGAGUGAACUGUGCAGCCUCCUUCGAGGAAACUCCCUCCAGGUUGGACUCAGCAAAGACAAGCACAAGCUUCAUCUUGCCUGCCCCAAGGACAUGCUGCCAGGAGUGACWGAGGCCUUCCACACAUUUUCUUCCAGGAGGCUCUGUGCCAUGAAGUCUUCAUCCCUGUCUCCUGGACCAGAGAGUACAGGGCAAUCCAGUGUCAUGCAGCCAAGCAGAAGUCAGGACCCAGUGCUGGAUGCAGCCCUUCCUGGYAGCCUGAAUUCCCAACAGCACCUGAAUGUCAGCAAUAAAGUAAACUCCACAGAUGUGCUCAGGGCUUCCUGCAUGCCUGAGGCUGAGGAAAAGAGGUCCCCCAGUCCCUGGAGGGGGCAGGAGGAGCCCAGCGGCCGUGCUGAUUCUGGGGCUGGGAGAGGAGGAAGCAGCUUUCUGAGCCUUGGUGCUGGGGAUAAGCCGAGUCCUUCUGGUCUGAGGGAGUCCCAGGAACAGCGGAAGACAAAACUGGCUCUGGGGGAGCCUGACACCACCCGACUCAAACGGGUGUUACCAGACAAAUUCCAGUUUGGAAGAGACAAGAGCAGAGGAGGCCACAGUGAAGCGAUGGGACAGCAGCACAGUCCAGUCCCUGCAGCUGAUGGAGCUCCUCACUCCCUGCUCACCUGGCUACCCAGGGCCACGGCUGCUGAGCCACCACCAACUGUGGCCCAACAGGCACCUGCAGCAGAGCCCAGGGCUCAGGGAAGGGCCCAGCUCCCAAGAGACAGGAGCAWUGAGCAGGAGGAGCCUGCCCUCCCAUCACAGCCCAGAAGAGACCCCAGCCUUGGACAGGAAAGCAGCACARUCCCUCUGGGCCAGUGUGAUGCUUGCCAGGGCUCAGGUGUGACCUGCCAGGGCUCCUGCGGUCACGCCUUGUGCAGGACAUGUUUUGCAGCAGACAGCGUGCAGCCAGCUUGCUGCAGAUCCUCCUCAGCUGCCCCACRUUGCAAGGUCUUGGGGACAUUCAAGAUCUCCUCCCUGUCCCAGAGCCUUCCUGGAUACUAUCGAGACCCAACGCUUCAGGUUGCUUACAGCAUCCCUGAYGAUGUGCAGGGGGUUGGGGACCCUCACCCAGGACAGCCUUACAAAGGGGGGGAUUUUUGUGCCUUCCUGCCUGACAACAGGGAAGGGAGGAAGACAGCAAUGCUGCUGAAGAAAGCGUUCGAACGUGGGCUGACAUUCCAGAUCAAGUCCUGCAAUGGAGAGGAAAGAGUGACAUGGGGCCUUAUCCCACACAAAACCUCCUGGGAUGGAGGCAAAGCCAGGAAUGGCUACCCCGAUGCCCAGUAUCUCCGGGAGGUUGGCACAGUUCUGAAGAAACUGGGUGUUGUGUGAUUCUCCCACAGCCUGUGGCUUCCCUUCCUGCUGAGAAAACUGCAGCUUAACAGAGCCAGCUCAGCAAAACGCGGGUGUUGGAAAUCUGCACCUUAGCAAACAGCAGCACCUCCAUCCCUGCCCCCUGCAGGCCUCAGUGUGGAUCCGUGCUUCCCAGAAAUCCCAGMUCCUCUUGGAUGCUGUCCUGCCAGCCAGUUACAGGUUGGAGUUACAACAAUAACAACAGUUGAAAUAAGUUACAGCUUAUUUCAGCUGAUUCUAGGCUCAGCCCCAUGUGGCUUUCAGCAGGACGCAAACCCAGGCAGGGCUCUGCACCAAAUCAAGCCCCAGCUUCUGGAAGUCUCUUCCACCUCCUGCCACUGCAGGUUCCAGCUCUGCUGCCAGAGCCCGGGCUAGAUAUGAACYGUCAUUAAUGUCAGCUCUUCACAUUGACAGUUCAGGCCUCAGCAGACAGCCCCAUGCUCCAGCACCUGCUCUGAGGCCAGCAGGUGUCCUGGUGCUCCCUUGGGGAGAACAUUAACAGCUUUCASUGCCCACAACAGCUGCCUCCCAGGGACAGUUUCUGACUGAAGAUACACAAAUAAACAGGAUUUAUUCAYGUGUUUGGGAGUGGCUGUUCAUGCCUUGCCUUACCCUCAGCCCAGGCACCCACUUCAGUCCCAGCUGGUUGCUGAGACACCCAGACACAAAGCACAGAGCCCAGAUAAGGGCUGUGCAAACAAAAAUCACCUUCCACGAGGAAGGGUGUUAGUAACAACACUCGAGACAACAAUUAACAGCUGUCCUUGAGAGCAGAGGCAUCUCCUCAUGCUGGGAGUGCUACACUCUGCCAACUGAACCUGCCCAGAGCUGUGGGCAGAGGGCUCCUGACAACAGAAAUCCCAGCAACGUACUGU